UGAGCUUGCAUGUUCUAUUAUUAAUAAAGUAUCAUAUUUUAUGUAGUUUUAUGAAUAACAUAAUAUCUUGUAUUUUCUGCGUACUGUAAAUGCUAACACAAUAUCUAGUAAAAUAUCAGCCAUGAUACGUAAAGCAGCAAUAAAUGAACCUAAGACCAUACAUUGGACAGAAGAUUCAAUAAAAGCUAUUGGAUUAUACAAAUAUAUAAUACAAAUAAUUUGUUCAUGGCCCUUGGAACAGAGAAAUAUUUAUUGGAAAAUCCGUAUUUCAUCAUUGUUUGUUUAUUUGAUAAUCUCAGGUAUAUUUAUUAUUCAAGAAUUAUUAGAUCAUUGUGGUACAAGUUAUGAAAUAGCUUCACUAUUUGGAAUGAUAAUCGCUACAAUAUCAGCAAUUACUAAAAUAUCACUUUUAAAUAUCUAUCACAAAAAUAUUUCAUUUAUUGUUAAUAAUGUGAUUAACGAUUGGUGGAUUAUUAAUGACGAUAAUUGUAGAACUGUAAUGCGUCGAUAUUCAUCUUUAAAUAGAAUACUAUUUUAUGGUAUAUUAACACCGCUGUUACUAUACACAUUAAAAUUUACCAUAGACAGGAUUCCGCACACUGUUUUGACAAAUGAAAAUACGACUGUUUAUGUACGCACAACUCCAAUCAGUUCUGAAUGCUGGAAUUUAGCUGAUAUACCAACUGUUUUUUACAUAAUUCGAUUUGCAUGCCGUACUUUUGAAUUUGUUAUUUAUAAUAUCGUAAGUUGUGGGAUUGAUUUGUAUUUUUUUGUGCUGGCGAUGCAUAUUUGCGGACAAAUGGAAAUAUCGAAUAUGAAUAUUCAAAACUUUUUGGUAGCCAACAAUGGUAGAUUUGAACGUGACAAAUUUUAUAAAUUAAUUGAUCGACAAAAGUAUAUGUUGGGACUAAUGGAUGAAUUACGCGAAUCAUUUAACUAUAUAACUCUAACAGUAUUAUUGAUAAGUGGAAUUCACUUGAAUAUCAUGAGUAUAUAAUUAUUCAUAUAAAUACACUUCAAUAACAUUUUUUUUACUCAUGAUAUCUAUUGUUAAAAUAA